AUGGCUCGCCAUGGUGGCAAAGGGUCCUCCUCUUUUGGCUGGGCCAAAAGUGCCGCGGUUGUAUGUGGGUUAUGCUCGCUGUACAUCACUUACACGCUAGUGUCCCUCGUGCCGACGUCUCCUGACCACAUAUCAGCUCUUCCAGCAACAGCUGUUUGGCCUCGAUCUAUGGGUACGAGGACAUCCGGCUCUUUGGAGGUGCAGCCCAUGAUGACCUCCGGAGGCCCACCAGGACUUGGCAGCUUUGUUUGGACCGGCUCUGCAGGAACAUUCAGGAUGCGAACCAACGACCUGAUGCUAGAGUUCAUGUCUGUGCGGCAUCGCUCGUCGGAGAAGUUCGCUCCAUGCACUGUGCUGGAGGGCAUGCAGAUGGAUUGCGGUGGUGUUUCCGCAAUCUGGCAAUCUCAAACUUACGAGGUCGGAGCGUCAGGAGCCGCCCUGCGUUGGUGGGUGCAAUUCAAUGCUGCUGUCUCCCAAGUCCGCAUUUCUGCAUGGCUACCGAACGCGGCUAUGGAAGGCCACGUGGAUGGCUCGCCGGUAAGUGUGCGACGGCGGCCAGCUGUACUGCCCUUGACAUCGAUAUUGGCGACGGCAAGCAGUGCAUUCCAGGGGCGCGGGCCGGAAAGGAUGAUCGAUUCAGAUUACGAUACUGAGUGGUUUGCUGGGAAAGGUGAGCAGGAGGCUUGGAUUCUCCUCGAGCUUCCAGAGGAAGCCACGAUAGAUUCUGUCGCCUGGACUUGGUGGGCCCAGUCCGCGGCAGACGAGUGGGUACUGUCAAGCCGCAGGUAUUUGACAGGUCCGUGGGCUGAGCGCAGUUCUAGCCGAACGAUCUCUCAGCCAGACAAGUUCAACUCUGAAGUCAAGGUCAAUGGCUGGCAGGAGCCUUCGAAGUGGAUCCGGCUCCAAAUGCAGAAGGGGCACCAGGAUCCCUGGAACUUCGGUGUAUUCUUUGGCAUACGAUCCUUUACGAUUUUGGGCCGGGAUGAAGCGGCUUCAGCUGGUGCAUCGGAUCUGUGGUGGGAAGGUUCAACCAUCCCCGCGGGAAUUUGGUUCGCUUUGGAACAUCCCAGGGCCCGAUGCAGCGUGCGCAGCCGCGCUGAAGCCCGAGAGCCUGUUUCCCCAACAGGUCCUGUUUGGCGGAGGGCCGAGUGUACCCUUCAGCUCUCUGAGAAGCCAACAGGCCGUGUGCAGGUCUCUGCAUCCAUGGGAGUCUUCGAGGACGGGAAGUAUCCGCAGCUGCGCCGCAUAUUCUCCCGAUAUUUGGAAUUGGUGCGGGGCCGGGAGUUCGGCCAGACUUUGCACUACAACAGCUGGUACGAUCUCCGAAGUACGCCCUGCGACGAAUCGCAGAGGCAGCGUUGCUUUUCGCACAAGAUGACGGAGGCGGCAUGUUCGCAGCGCGUCGCAAUCUUCAACACAAACCUGACGCUUCACGGCGGGAACUCUCUGGAUGCUUUCUUGUUGGAUGAUGGAUGGGAUAAUGCAGACAGCCUGUGGGAAGUGGACAGGAAACACUUUCCAGGGGGCUUUGCUUCCCUGGUGCAGCACGGCGAGAAAUGGGGCACAAAGAUGGGCGUGUGGAUGUCGCCAUUCGGAGGAUAUGGUGCGGCAGGUGCCCGCCGCGUCCGACAUGGUGCCAGCCAUGGUUUCGAGCGAAGCGUUCGAGGGGGCUUCGCCCUCGCAGGGCAGAGGUAUUUUGCAAGCUUCCGGUCCGUUGUGCGUGACCGCAUUGCUGAAGGAUUCCGGCUCUUCAAGUUCGAUGGCUUGGGCGGCGGCCUGGGGCAGAGUGGCGGCGAGGAGGACCGCGACGACUUCGAGGCCAUGCUAAGCCUGAUCCAGGAUCUGCGAUCAAGCGACAGUGGAGAUGUCCCACUCUGGAUAAGCUUGACCAUCGGCACUUGGCCGUCUCCCUUCUGGCUGCUUUGGGGCGAUUCUAUCUGGCGAGAUGGGCCAGACGUCGGUGCAGAGGGCUUGGGAUCGCCUCGGGACCGAUGGCUGAAUUUCCGCGAUUGGGCCUUGCGAAGGGCGCAAGCUCGUGGCCCGCUUUUCCCCAUGACUGCGUUCAUGCAGCAUGGCGUGGUAUGGAGCAAGUCUGCAGAGACCGCCGACAUGUGGCCCCCGACAAAAACGACGCUUCUGGCAGAUUUCUGCAAGGAGGUUCUGUCAUUCUUCCUGGCCGGCACGGGCCUUCAGGAGCUGUACAUUCAGUCAGAGCUGAUGACGACAGACUACUGGAAAGCUUUGGCGGUCGCAUCAAGCUUUGCACGAAAGGAGCAAAAGCUCCUGCGCGACGCGCAUGCCAUCGGCGGGGAUGUGCAGAGAGUCUACGGUGCAGCAGCUUUCGACGAUGCUUGGAAGACUAUUCGGUGUGCCCAUAGGAGUCAAACCUCCGAGGAGUCUUUUGGUGGCGCAUCUCAGCAAAGGCCGUUUUCUGCGUGGGAGAACUCCUUGAGCUUCCUUCGCGCACGGGCUGAGCAGUCGCUGAUCUCCGCGCAAUUGAAGGCGCUGCGUGGAGAGGUGCCGGAGGCCGCGCCUAGACGCUUGGACGGAGAAGGAUGCAGAGAUUACAGGGGCACAUUGCCCAUCUUUGAUGCCAUUGGCCCACAGGUUGCAAAAGACAGCAGGAGUGAUGUGCUGCAUCCGCCGGCUGCGCAUAAGUCUGCCCAAGAGGCGGUAAUACCUCUCCCAGCCACGCUGCUGACCUUGCCGCCAGCUUUGCGGAAUCGCGCCCUGCUGGCCAUGGCCUCAGCGCGGUGCACGAAGGGCUCCACUCUGCUCCAGCCCUCUGAGCUCUCCCUCGGCUUGGGCAAGCCCACGGGCCGCUGCGCCGAGCAGAGGCGUGAUAUGAUUGGCGCGCUGUCAGCACAGACGUUUGGACUUUCCGAGCCCCUCGAGUUUCCAAGAACAUCUGACAUCCCGGACCCGGGCCGAAAGCUCCCCUCUCGGAAGCCGCAGGUUUUCCUGGGGUCGACGAGGUACCAACUGCUACUGAAAGGUGGGGUAGAUGGGUCCAGCACCGAUGGACAUGGUAGGGCUGAUGGCUUGCGCUCGAAGGUUGCAGACCUGGAUAGCGAGCUGCUCCAGCGAGAUGCGGCCAUCGAUAAUUUGCAAAGAACUCUGCGUGAGACGCAAGACACGCUGCAAAAGGCGCUGCUUUCGCCACAAGAGGGUGGCUUGUGGAAGGACCGGUACCACGAGGCACAGAAGCAAAACGAGACUCGCGGGCGGGAGGUCAAGGAGCUGGGCCUAAAGUUAGACACCAAGGAGAAAGAGAUCAAGCUUCUUAGUCAGUAUGUCCGGAAGCUGGAAGAGGAGGCGCGCAUCCGAGACAGUCAGCGUGAGCGGCUGCUCACGGAUGCCAGCAUUUCACGCAGCAAGUUCAAGCAGACAGAGUCGGACCAGAAGCAGCUCGUAUCCAGGUUGCACAGCUUGGAAGACAGCUUCGCACGCUGCAUUGGCAGGGUGACGCAGGCUUUAACCGCUGGUGUGGUGGGCGUCUGCAUCGAUGAGGCCCAGCCAUUGCCGCGGUUCGUCGUUCUGAGUCCACGCCCGGGUGGAAGUGCCAUCUUGGAGAUUUUUGAGGAACCUGACUCGCACUGGGAACUUGCAGCAGUGGAGCUCUCGCCCAUGGGAGUUGGCAAGAAGCCUCCAGUCACGUUGGAUGAGAAUGCACUUUCCCUGGUGACCUGUGGCAUCUCAGGUGGUGGUGCCGCAUACCAAGAAGCUGUCAGCGCCCCCGCCCUAAAGUGUCCCGACAAGGCAUCUUUUGCAAAGUGGACAUUCGCCUUCCGAAACUUGGGCCUUCUGCCGCAGUAUGGAGCCGUUGCAUCUGCACCCAGCUCGCCACAAGCAGAAAAAGCCCCGAUGUCUCCGAUGUCGCCCGCGCGAGGUGCCAGAGUCGUGGUGUCCACAGAGCAUCCCGCAGCUCUCGCACAAAAGGAUGAAGCCCUGACCGAAACGAGACUCAACAGUCUUCUGGGGGCUGUGGAGGGAAACCUGCAGGGUGAGCAGCGUCUGGAAAAGCGGCUCAUGAUUCGAGCGUGCGCUGUGGUCAUACGGAUACACUUGCCCAAGGAGGAACGCAAGGAGAAUCUGCUUCUACUCUGCUACCUGCGGGCUUACUACGUUGUUGCAGCGUGGGAAGAUGGAAUCCACUGGGUAAACAGCCAUGGGAGUUGCAUAUAUUUGUACUGUGACACGGCCGUGCUCGGCCUGCGCAUCGCUCUUCGCAUGCAGAGGCUGGUCUUCGAGUUUCCAGAGUGGGCAGAGGAUGGGUACAAGAAAGACUGCCAGGGCUGCAGCACCCUUUGCGCGGUCUCUGUUGGAAUGGAGCUGGGUAGCCUCCUCCCCUUGCGUGGGGACUUCUUUGGAGAGGCCGUGGACGCUGCCAUCCAGAUGGAGGAGCUGGCCUCUCCUGGCGAGCUGUUGGUCAGCAGCGCAGCCUGCGCGUCCGGACUUGAGGAGUGCGACGUGAAGGGUCAGGAAAUGGAUUCCGUUGUCUCGGACUUGUCAGGGCUCGAUGUCUGUGGAGAUGGUGCAUCCAUGGACGAGCUAAAUAGGAUAUUGGAGGAGAGUGCCGCCAAAGCUCCGAAAGGCUUGGAGCUCUCUCAGCGCUCUGCGCUGCUUCCCUCUGGCCACACCUUGAGCUGCCUUUGCGCCGUCGUGCCAGAAAGCCAGAAGCUGGCAAUACCUAUGGCCCGGGCCAACCCACCAGGGAUCGAAGCAGCAGUGGACGCCAUCGGGCCGCCGGAGGGCCUGCAGUCCAAGAGCACCAGGGCUUGGAUUCAACCACGAGGACUCCUGCUCAAGUUUCGGGAGACUGUUGCGACCACAGUCACCCGAACAGGCAAGCUCUGCUGGUACCAGGGCCAUCGGGUUGCUGCCGUUUUUGAUUCCUACGAGGUGGCCACAGCCUGCGCAGAGGAAGCACAGAAGGAGCUCUCGCAAAGUUGUGCCGGUAUCGAAGUGUUAGCAGAAGCGGUGCUAGGUGAGUGCUUCACUUCAGCAUUGCGGCUAGAAGCGAAAUCCGACAGGGAACUUCUUGCUCUCGUCAUGGCAGGCGUAUGCAUGCUUGGGGAGGGCAGGAGAGACGCGGCUCGAGGCGACUCGGAAGGGCGACUUCCAGCUUGGCAUUGUUGCUCGCCGGGCAAGUGUGGAAGCAAGACGAUUGAAGAGGUUUGUGCCAUCGACUUCGGCCAGGUUUGGAUGACUUCCCAGGACUCAAAGCUUGCACAACUUGGAAUUGACAUCCCGGUGUUUCAGGAUGAGGAGCUGGUGAAAGCCAAGGCCAUCGAUGUGCCAGGCAUCGAGGCCCGCACCGCAGCGGGGCUUUGUGGCUUCGUAUCUGCACGGCCCUUUGCCAGGCCGUUGCUUUAUGCCGCAUCCGGAACUACCAUCAGCGGCCGUCGCGAAGCCGCCAUAUGCGAGAGCGAGCUUGGGACAUUCAUCAGGCGUGCCGCUUGCGACUUCCAAGGCAUUGAGAAAGUGCAACUGGGCUUCAAACGGGUGGGUGAGGAAGGAAACACCCACUCUGCCCGAGGUGAUGACCAUCUGGCUGCCCUGGCCAGUGAGCUGCGCAAACUUCACGACAUGCUCGAGGCACCACGCACAGAGAACGAGGACGACAAUGCCAGAUUUCAUGAGCUGGCGUCGUCCGGGAAGAUGGAGCCCGUGUGCUCUGAGAGCGACACUGAGAGCGGCGAGGUGCAGGGAGACGGUUUCGAGGAGGUGCAGCCUCACCCAGUUCUGCACAAAAAGGCGCUGAAGAGCUCCCAGCAGGUGCGGCGUGGUCCGGUCUUGCUCCGGCCGCUGCAGCCCUCAGCCUCCGUGCUGGAUCCGAAGCGGAUCAGCGGCCAAUCGGGCCAGGGGCAGAGUGGUGCGAGCGGCUUUAUCGCCAAGCUCCUUGAGUUUGGCCCGCCAAUUGUGAUUUUGAUGAAUGCCAUUACCAUCGCCCUCGACAGCGAUGUCAUAGAGAAUGAUUCAAUCCUUCGUCUCGUCGAAUGCUGCUUCGCAAUGUUUUAUCUCCUGGAGUUCAUGAUCAAGCUCGGACUCCUUGGCUGCAGGGGCUACUUCUGGGCAGAAAACUGGACAUGGAACUGGUUUGAUUUCCUUUGCCUCCUGUGCGCGCUCUUGGAACUCAGUGCCGUGCUUGUUUCUGUCCUCGGCUUCACCUCCACACCUUUUCUCGAAGAUGUGACAGUGGUGCGGGUGUUUCGCUUGGGGCAGUUGAUGAGAACCGUCCGCGUGCUGAACUUCAAGAUGUUUGGCGAACUCCGUCAGAUUACAUUAGGAAUCAUGAAUGGGUGUGGUGUGCUCUUCUGGGCAGUCGUCCUCCUGUUCGCAGUCAUCUAUGUAUUCGGCAUCCUCAUGCGAAAUAUCGUCGGUGACGCGAUGGAAGAGUUCAAGAACAUCCCAAACUCCAUGUUCACUUUGUUCCGUUGCUUCACGGACGGUUGUUCGGACUACGCCGGAACACCCUUGGCAGAGCGAUUGCGGAUCGUGUACGGAGCUCCUUUCACCCUGGGCUACGUCUGCGUCACCAUGCUGGUCGCUGUGGGCAUCUUCAACAUGAUCAUGGCCAUUUUCCUUGAGAAUGCCACUGCAUCAGCUGGUCGGCGCAAGCAGCGAGAGCUCGGCGAGCGUGCUAACAGCACAGAGCAAGCGCUGCGGCGCGUCAUCGUUCAGAUGAUUGACCCGACAGCUCCGGAGCGCGCCGCAGGGCGGCGAGGGACCAUGGCUGCCAGGAUCAGCGGUCUUUUUGACCUCCGACCAACAGAGGGCGAUGCGAGCAGGAGCCGCCUCACCAGACAGAGGUCCAAGUCCACUGAGCUCUUCUGGCAUACGCAGUAUGAGCUUCUGAAGCAUUCCGGUGCCACGGUGGACCGAAAGACCUUCAUGUUGUGGCUGCAAGAGCCCGCUUUCCUGCACGUCUUGGAGAGUGCAGACGUGGACGUGUCCAACAAAUUCGACUUGUUCGACGUUCUCGAUUCCGACAUGGGCGGCAGAUUAGAACUGGACGAGGUGGUAACGGGACUGAUGAAGCUGCGGGGCCAAGCCGCGAUGUCGAGACUUCGCUGGUACAGGUGUACGGCCAUCCGACUCAACCAAACUGAAGCAUCAAGCGGGAUCGGUGGCUUGGCUAUCCAGGGAGCAGCAGUGUUCGAGAGUUCCUUCGGCCCGACUUUCCAGGACUUCUUGACACGGCGCCUCAAUGAAUCUCAUGGACUGGAGUUCGAGUCCGUUCCGUUGGACUUUAACCAGAACUUCGAGUUCGUCAGCAGCGGUGGAGUCGAUUUCAUUUACAGUAACCCAGCAGCAUACACCUGCAUGGCCGUGGAGUUCAACUUGCAGACGGUCGCGUCGCUUAUCAACUACCGCAAGGGCAAUGCUCUUGGAAAAUUUGCAGGUGUGAUUAUUACCAGGCAAGACUCUGCUUUUCAAACCGUCGACGACCUGCGCACUGCCAGUGUGGAGGCCGUUUCAAUCUCUGGACUGGGUGCAAUGCAACUCCAGCAAGCAGAACUGCUAUCCCAGGGAUUGAACAUCAUGACAGAUAUACCUCGACUGACUUUCGCCUUCAACCAGAACAAGAUCGUGCAGGACGUCGAGCUCGGUCUCGCAGACGUCGGCUUCGUUAGAACCGACUUGGUCGAUUCAAAUGUUGCGAACAACCUAACGAAGUGGGAAUAUUUCAGAGUUAUCGGCCAGAUCCCGGACCCGGACUUCCCUUUCGCUCGCUCCACGGCUUUCACACCGGAGUGGCCCAUCGGCGCUUUGCCACAUGUAACUGACGAGGUCAAGGAGCUGGUCGCAAGCUCCCUCAUGGCUCUUGAUCGUUUCUCACCGGAUCCAGAGUUGUCCGAGCCAGCGAUUGCAG